UUGCGUGAGCAUUCUGUGGUGAUGUGAUGUUGAGCCUGUGAUCAAGACGUCUGCAAUAUCACAAUAUGUCUGACUAUUUGGAAAUAUUUUUAGAAUAAGCAUAGUCGUAAAUGCAUCUAAUAUCUAUUUCAGAUUUAUAAAUGCCAUGGAUUAUACAUGACAAAUAUAGUAAAUAGAUCGAUAAGGGGACGAGUUACGUCGAGGAUAUGUGUUAUUGUGGAUUGUGCGACUUACGUGCGGACAGAUAUGUGCAUGAGGAGGCUCGUUUCAAGAAAUACAGUGAAUUAAUUGCGAGUUCCUUUUUGAUAUAACGUCACGCGACGUCGUGUCAGUUUUGUGGCAAUUUGUGAUAUUGAAGGUGUAAACAUGGAUUCGAGAGUUCAGUGCCCUGUGUGCACUCUAUACUUACACAGUGGAAUGACUUUGGAGUCUCAUUUGGACACACAUCCAAAGGAUCAAGUUAUAAAGGCUUUAUGUAGUCUCUCAAGUAAGAACACCAAUUAUGGGAGUCGUACCACAACUCCUUCGCAAUCUGAGCGUUCCUACCAGAGUCGAUCUCGUACUCCAGCGGCAGAUGACAGCAUUCGGUGGAUGGGCUCUCACCAGAGUUCUGAUAGCGAAAAAUAUUGGAGAAGAACACCAAGUAGAAGUAAAUUAACACCACUUUCUAAUCCAUCAAGAAAUGUCACACCAGAUAUUAGAAUUGGUGAAGUUAAUUUUGAAAAUAGUCAUAUUAACCAUGGAGGUCAGUAUUCUGAAAAUUGUUAUACAAUGAAACUAGACAAACCUCAGCAGACAUAUGCAUCCAAUGUCCGAGUAGCAGAAUUUGACCAACAAUACCCAUAUUACCCUGAUCAAUGUGAAGAUCGGGAGAUUAAAUAUUCUCGUAGUUUGGACUACAAUACAAUUGAUAGUUCAGGUAAUGCAUUUACUUAUAACAUGCCUCAGCUUGCUCUGAAGACUCCUGCAUCUGUUGCAUCAACCUUAGUACCACCGAAAAAAAGUAGUGACCUCGUUAAGUUAAUGCCCAAACCUGAGUUUGUUAAAUUACUGCCAAAGUCUAAUAAUAUUCUCUUCAAAAAUAUGAGCGGAGUACAAUAUAUAGCACCAGGUGUUAAUGUAGUGAUGCCACCAUCACCUUUUGUCCAAAAGAAUGUUCAAAGUAACAUGAUAAUGUCUGGAAAUUUACCUCCAAAUGCAACAAUGAACACUAAAGGAGGUCAACCUAUCAUCCCCAAUCAGUAUAACCAAAUGGGACCCAGUACCUUCUCUCCAGGCACUACAGUGGUCACUCAAAACUCACAGAUUAUAUAUAGAGAAAUGGUUCAUAACUUAGAUGGUAAACCAUUUAUUUCAACUAUGCCUAAUAUGCUUGGAGGUCAUGACAACAUGGGCAAUGUCACUCAGAGUAGUUCUAUAUAUCAGAAUGUUGUAGUUGUUGACCAGUUUGGUAAUACCUCAUGUAUGUAUGCAAACCCUCAACAAAUAUUGCAAAAGCCUUGCAGUGCUACCAUUUACCCUGACAACUCUUUACUAUUAGCUAAUGAACAUAAGAAAAGAUCUCAUGAUGAUGUGGAUUCCAAUAAAACUUUAAUAAUUGAAGUUACCCCCAUCAACACACCAGCUACUGAAAUGAAUGGUGAUCCAAGUUCAUCUCUUGGAUCAUUAUCAGGCAUGGAUGAUAACAGUAAAUCAGAAGAAACUGAGCUAAAAAAUGAACCUAUUGGCACUACUAAGGGUCUUAAAAUCCUGAGCAAUAUUAAAGUGGAAGUGCCAGUCCAACAUAAGAAAAGUAUGUUAAAUACAGUAAUGGAUUUAACAGGAACCAAUGAUCAAGAAUACCCUGAAAGGUCUGUUACACCAGAAAAAAUAUUACCAGAUCUAGAAGACAACAAUCAAAGUUUUUCUGAUGAAUGCACACAGCCUUCCGUAGCAAGUGGAGAUAGUUUGGUGUCAAAUGCUUUUUCUGUGAUAAAAAAUGUGGGAAAUCCUCCAGCAUACAAAGAUUCGCCUUCCAAGUCUAGUAUUGUAGGUAGCAAAAUUGAAACUGAAUUUUCGGAUAGUUGUCCUGUACCUGAUUUAAUAUGUAAUGAGAAACCUUCUAUAUCUCCAUGUAGUGAGUUAUCAGAACACGGAGAUAAUUCUACAGAUAUUGUGCCAUUGUCGCCUAAAGCUAACAGUAGUAGGAGUAGUCUAAUGAAUGAAAGUGUAGAAGAGAGUAAAUUCCAACAUAAGGAAUCAAAAAAGAAUACCCUCAGGUUGAACAAUAUCUAUGUUAAAAAGCACAAGAAGAUUCUGCAGAUUAAAAAUGCAAAAACAAAUUUAUCACUUGACUCCUCCAAUAAAAGUGAAAUGGAGCCUCUACCUUCCUCUUCUAUGUGUAAAACUCCAGAAAAUUUUAGCAUAAAUAAAAUACAUCACACUGAUAAAAUGGAAAGUCCUAAAACAAGUUCCUUACAUACUGUAUCUAUUGAGAAAUUAAAGGGUAAUGACCAUAAUGAGUUUGAUGCUGACACAGAGGAGCAGUCAAUGGACAUAGAACCUAUAGCGCCAUCUAGUUUAAAUGAUUCUAAUCAAUUUUCCAUGCAUGAGGUAAAGGUAAAGGAAGAAUUUAGUGCCAGUAAUGAGGGUGGCUUUAGUAACCAAGGCAGGCCCUUACAGAAUGUACCACAAUUAGAGAGUUUGAGACCUAUAAACGUGAUAUCAUACGGUAACAUGGUUCCUGGAGAUUUUGAUAAUGAUUCCAACCACAGGGAACUAUUAGAUUUGGAGGCUUCAUCGAAGAAUAAGCAAUUUGUUAAUAUGAUGAAUGAAAACUAUUUUGGUGAUAAUAUUUACGCAGACUACUUCACUCCAGAUCGGGUUGAAUCUUUUGAGGCUCAGAAGGAAUCUAAUUUUAGAGAAGGGCCGAAAGAUAAUAUGUAUAUUUGGGGUGAGCCUUCCCAGAAGGAAUCCGAGUUUGUGUUGCCAAAUUUUAUUCAUGAGAGUUACAAGAUAGCUGAGAGUAAUGGGCCUGAUUACUCGGAGAUGGGUGAAGGAGGUAACGUUGGUAUGACUGAUCGUUGUGAACAGGAUAGUAAAGUGGACAUGCUGAGCGAGAGUCGAAGUGAAGGAGAGACUCCAUUAAAUAUUUGUGCAGAUGAGCGCAUGCCACCUCGUGGAGAGCUCAGUGGACAGGAGAGUAAUGGAGAUAUGGAGUCACCAUGGAGUGGGAUGUACAAUGAGGUUACACCUUCGGAGCCGUACGACCUGAUGGCGCGGGAGAGCUGGGUGUCAGACGGCUCUGAUGUGGACACAAAUGAGAAACGGGAUAACAUUGAGGACGACCUUCACUUUGCGAAGAGCAGACUUCACACGUGUUCACAAUGCGGUAUCAAGUAUCCAUCACUGAAGGAGCUCCGGACACACAAGGCACUCGCCCACUCCCUGCCUACCUGCUCUAACGGGAAGACCAGCUACAGUCGCCUUGUCACUGCGAGGAGUAUCAAAAAGGAGGAGAAACUGGAUGAAACUGUUUUGGAAAGGAAUCUCCUAACAAUAGAUUCAAAGGAAUCGAUGGCAACAACUAUGCAGCAAGUGUAUGAUGCUAUCGCAGAAGCUAAGCCAGCUAUAGAAACAUUAGUAAAACAUGAGACAAAGAGGAAGAAGAAAGACUACAUCUGUCCAACAUGCAAGGUGGAUCAGUUAACAGAAGUUUCGUUCAAUGCCCAUCUUAAAAUACAUCCAUUGGAGUGUCUUACAUGUGGAAAGUGUUUCUUCAAAAGAGGGAGCCUCGCACUACACAUGAAAACGCAUUUAGGAAUCAAGAAUUUUAAAUGUGAUCUGUGCGAGAAACGUUUCGUGACGCGUCAGAAGAUGACUGAGCACCGCAACGUGCACACGGGCCGCAUGCCCAUCAAGUGCACCGUCUGUGAUGACACCUUUCGAAGAUAUUCCAACAUGGCUCAGCACAGGGACCGCCACCAUUUCCAGAAGAGGGCAAAGGUCCGCGAUUUCGUGUGCCACUGCGGUGCGGUGUACCACUCGCGGGCGAAGCUCCUCUGGCACAAGGAGACACACGACGCCAAGCCCAAGUCCUGCCUCUACUGCAGCGACAAGUUCGUGCACUCCUCCUCACUGACGCGUCACGUACGACGUACGCACAAUGCGCACUUUCUCUCUGAUAAGGUGAAGGGGAAGGAGGUUAAUGUGCCUUGUCCUGUUUGUAAACAGAUAUACCUAAGAUCGAAUUUACGUGCUCACCUAUUAAUACACAGCGGUAAAAAGCCGUAUCCGUGCGUCAUAUGCAACAAAUCCUUCACAACCAAGUGGAAUCUCAAACUGCAUCGGUGGACUCAUAUGAGCCGGUCUGCUAAACCGUUCAAGUGCCAUCUGUGUAAAGGUGCCUUUAUAAGAUACACGGAGUACAUAUCACAUAUGAAUUCGCACAAGUCUCUAAGACCUUACACGUGUAAUUAUUGCGGUUGUCAGUUCAUCAGAAAAUAUAAUUGUCAACGUCAUGUCAGAGAACACGAAAUGGCAAAGAAGUUUGUCUGCAAAGUGCCGGAAUGUGGGAAAUCUUUUCACAGAAGUUACUAUUUGUCGGAACAUAUGAAAGUACAUAGUGGAGCGAGGCCGUUCUCGUGUAAUAUAUGUGGGAAAACUUCAAGCAAUAAAUCUAACCAUAAUAAGCAUGUGAAGAUACACCAUGCUAGAGAGCCCGUGGCAACUGAGGCAUAAGCCUCGGCUGGUUAGUGUAUGGUGACUUAGUGGUUUGUUGGUGAAAAGUGUUAAGUUCUUAAAUGUAAUUAAGGUUGUGCUACUUUGCUACUUAUAAUAUAGCAACAUAUUUUUGAAGAUUUAAUUUGACAUUCUUGUCAUAUGGUACGUCUGACUCACAACGGCAUUUGUAAGUAUUUUUUUUUAAAAAUGUUCAUAGAAUUUGUUUAAUAUCUUUUUAAAUUUGACACUUAAAGUUAAAUACACAAAUACAUUUGAAAUAUGUAUGUUUUUAGAACCAAAAUAUUGAUUAUUUACCGUCUAGUAAGUAGAUGUCAUGAACAUAACACUUUUUAUCAAUACAUUAACCGUUUUUGGGUAAAACCUGGCAUUUUUCAAGUCACCAAAUUGUAAAUAGUUAGUUAAAUUUGAAAUUAAAUUGUAUCUUGUAAAUACAGGACCAAGUGUGUUGAGAAAGGGGUUUUUAGGAAGUGAUUUAUGGUUAACAAAUUACUCACGCAAACUUUAAUAUGACUCGAAAAAUUUUAUAUUCUAGCAAAUUGUACUUAAGUUUAUCCAAUUAAUUCCACUUUCAGUGACUAUAGAGUUUCUUUUGCUAUGAUUUUUCACUGUUAAUAUUUAUUCAAAACAUAACCUCUUCUAUUCUUUCCGAUAAAAUUGAGGUACAGUAUUAUGAAAGGAUGUUAAGGUGUGUGUGGAAACUGGCUAUAAUUAUCUUUAUCUUAUUUGACUGUACUACAUUAUAUGGACAGUUAAUUAAAUAAAUAUGGGUUGCCAGUUCUGUAAAAUCCAUACAAGAUUUGAUUUCUCUUUUUAUUUUACGAGACUGAGAAUGAUGGCAAUAUGUUUGUAUGUCUGCGGUAACUUUGAUAUUGGUGAAUAAAAGCAGAAAAUAGAAUAAUUUUAGUCGAUUUCUUGGAACUUGCAACUGUGUAAUAUUUUGGGUUCAUAUUAAAGUUUGUCAGUAAAGAAUAUUUAGUCAAAUUCUAACUUGGCCAAUUCAGUACUGGUACCCCGCUACAAAAAGGAAUUUUUUUUUAUCAAUAUGUCUUCUUUUCUGUCGACAUUUUGUUUAGAUGUGUUGUAACAUUGAAAAAUUUGUUUGUACCGAAGUUUGACACAUGAUGAAUUGUUGCCAGUAAAAAAAAUGACACUGACUAGAUUAAUUUUAUUUUUUAAGUAGCAUAAUUUUUAUUUUCCACAACAAUUCAGACUUACGAUUUACUUCAGACUUACAGAUUUAAUUAAAUUUAGUAGUACAUUUGAUUACUGUUUUUUACUUAAUAAUUGAUUUAUCAAACUGAUUUAUAGCUUUUCUUGUAAACAAUGUGUUGUAUGUCAUGAAUUGUUUUAUAUCUACUUGAUUAAUUUUCUAGUUGUAAUUUAAUUUAUUUUUACUGUUACACUUGGGUUAGAGUAUUAGAUAAAUUCAAUUAACUUAUCCCUAUCGUUGGUACGAGUUUUAAUUUUUGUUUAAUAUGAUUUUCUUCUCUAAUGUUCCAUUAAUUAUGACAAAGAGUGUUUAUUGUGAAGGAUAUUUAUAAAGCAAUAAUGAAUUGUGACUUAAUAAAUGUAAUUUAGACAAUUUUGCUUGCAACAAAAGUCUUGCGUUUUUUAUAAAUGUGUUGCCAUAAAAAUUAAUAUAUGAAUUGCCACAGUUAAAUAAAAAUUUGUGCGUAUUAAAAAAUACAUAUUAAUAUUAAUUGUAAUGUUUUAAAGUAUUCUUAACUGUGAUCAAUGCGUGUGGAAUUCUGUAUCCUAUUUAAUCUACAUUAUAUUUCUCUAGCUCUUUUACAUAUGUUACCUGUUGAAAAUUUUACUUUAUGAAAUCUUCUAACAUAUUUUAAAAGAACAUCUGUAAUUGAGGAUGUCUAUGGGCAAUGUUCGCUUCGCUAUUUCGAUGAAUUGAGUUGGCCGCUUGCUCGAUGGCCACCUUAUAGUAUAAAAAAAUAAUUAUAAUAAUAUGAUAUGAUAAUUGAUGAAUUGUUAUCAACAUAUUUGAUGAAAAAAAUUACAGCUGUUCUCCUCUUUAUUGAAUG